UGCGACGGGGCUGGGGCGGGGCACCCCCGGGGCCGCAGGAGUCGCCCGGGCGAGCGCGGGGGAGCCGGGGCGGUGGAGACCCGCGCCCGAGGGGCCGGCCAGAGGCGGGACUGGGCUUCCGGAGAGCGACCAAUCGCUGGGCCCUGUCCGCGGGGCCUCCCGGGACCGGUGGAGCCGCUCUGCCUGAGAGCUGGGGAGGUGUUGGGGGUGGGGACAGAAGGGUCCCGGAGACACAGCCUGCCGGAGCGCGCAGAAGGAGCCGGAGACCCAGCGGUUCGGGAGCGUGGAAGCCUCGUGGGCGCGGAGGGGGCGAGCGCGCCAGGCUGCCGGAGUGCGGAGAGGCGGUGAGGUGCGGGGGCGGGGAGCGCGGAGGUGGACCUCAGCGGGAAGAGGCCUGGACGUCGGCGCCGGUUCCCGGGAGACUUCGCUGCUGCUAGGCCGGGCUACAAGCAGGAGAGUCCACCCAGCGCGCCCACGGCGCGCGGAGCCUCGGACCAUGCCGGUGUCCGACCAGGCGUUCGUCACGCUGGCCACCAACGACGUCUACUGCCAGGGGGCGCUGGUCCUCGGCCAGUCCCUGAGGAACCACAGGGCCACGCGGAAGCUGGUGGUGUUGGUCACGCCUCAGGUGUCCAGGCUGCUCAGGCUCGUCCUGUCCGAGGUGUUCGACGAGGUGGUCACCGUGGACCUGAUAGACAGCGCCGACUACGUGCACCUGGCUUUCCUGAGGCGGCCCGAGCUCGGGGUCACCCUCACCAAGCUGCACUGCUGGACGCUGACGCACUACAGCAAGUGCGUGUUCCUGGACGCGGACACGCUGGUGCUGUGCAACGUGGACGAGCUCUUCGAGAGGGGGGAGCUGUCGGCGGCCCCCGACCCCGGCUGGCCGGACUGCUUCAACAGCGGGGUCUUCGUCUUCCAGCCGUCCCUGGACACCCACCGGCAGCUGCUGAGGCACGCCACGGAACACGGCAGCUUUGACGGGGCCGACCAGGGCUUGCUGAACAGUUUCUUCGGCAGCUGGCCGACGGCGGACAUCCGCAAGCACCUGCCGUUCGUCUAUAACCUCAGCAGCAACGCGGCGUACACCUACAGCCCCGCGUUCCAACAGUUCGGCUCCGGCGCCAAGGUGGUGCACUUCCUGGGGGCGGCCAAGCCCUGGCACUGCAAGUACAACCCGCAGACCGGCUCCGUGUCGCAGGAGGGGCCCGGGCUGGCCCCCCCGCACCAGCUGUCCUUCCUCAGCCUCUGGUGGGACAUCUUCCACCGCGGCGUGCUGCCUCUGUACGGGCGCGUCCGGGACGCCGAGGGCCACGCGCCGGCCGCACACACGGCCGGAGUCGGCGGCACUGAGGUGCCCUGUGCCAAGGCAGCUCCCCCCGCCCAAGGGCCGUGGGCGGACUCCGUGGCAGGGGCCCACCAGCCUUGGCCCCCUGAGGACCCUGUGGAGCUGACACCAGUUGUGAAAGAGGCCCCACCCUCCCCUUUAAAAAGCCGUUCGGAACUCGUGAUAGGGGGGUCCGACAUUGAGGCUUCCGUGGCAGUGACGGCCGACCCGGUCUCAGCUCCUUGCCCCCGACCCGCAGAUGUCACACAGACCCCGGGCAGCUGGCAUCCGGCGGACCACGCGGGAGGCGGCCCGGCGCACGCACCUGCAGGACUCAGCCCGGAGCCCCCCGCGGAUGCCCCCGGGGACCCCAGCCCUCAGGAUGCCUUGGAGGUGGGCGUGGCCGUCUCGCUGUCCGAGAUCUCCAUCGAGGAGAAGGCCCGGGAGCCGAGCCCGGAGGAGGAGAGGCGCAAGUGGGAGGAAGGCCACAUCGACUACCUGGGCCGGGACGCCUUUGCGCGCAUCCAGGAGAAGCUGGACCGGUUCCUGCAGUAGCUUGGGCUUUGGGAGAUCCCGCCGCGGCGGCGGGAAAGCUUCCUCUUGCCCCUCCGCAGGGGGGCGCUGCCGUCCCACCCGCUGCCUCUGUUUAGGGGGAUCGAGGCUCGGUCGCCCAACCUGAGUGCCUCUCCAAGAUAAAAAAAAAAGAAAAAACAAAACCCAAACCAAGCCCAGAUCGAAGCGCCUGGCUGAGCCAAGCCGCCCAGCCGUCCGUACCUGGCUGCCUUCAGAGACCAGGUGUUCUCGCCGCGUCGUGGGCAGGAGCCGCAGGAAGAAACUCGUGGUGGGGCGCGGGGGCCCUGGCCCGCCGUCCCGCCCCGCGGAGCGGCACCCAGGGGCCACCGAGUUUGUCCCACGUCGGAUCCCACGCCGACACGCUUUCUCCAGCUCCUGAGCGAGUAACAGCGGGGAUUCGUCCUGCGCGCCGGCUCAGACGCGACCACCCUCGUCUCUUGGGGGACUCGGUCAGUAAACGUUCAGCGUCGGGAGCCUGAGUCCCCUUUCGACUGUGCCAAGCGUGGGGGCAGCUGGCAUCGCCGUGGUGUGACACCCGGCGGGGCCUCUCCGAGCGCCCCCGACGGACCCCUGACCUGGGCCACGCCAGACACGUUCGGGAGACGGGCUCCAGCUGGCGAGACGGCCGGGACGCCCUCCGAACCGGUCCCCCGGCUGCUUUCCAGGAACCAAGGGCCCGCAUGCCUACGGUGCGGGAGGGAGGUCUGCGGACAACUUGCUGGCGACCCCGGCGUCCGGGGAGGCGAUGCAUGGCCUGGGCCGCCUGUGUCCCUUGACGGCUGGGUGCUGGGCGCUGCUACCUCAGUUUCAGUUCCAGACAGCCAGUCACCUCGCUGCCCUGCAGUCCAUCUCGACUCCGUUCUUUCUGGAGAAUCCCCCCACCCACCCCCCCAAGUCUUGGGAGCCCAGACCUUUCAUGUCACAAGCCAGCGUCCUCGUCAGCCGUGCGCUGACUUUGUGAGCUCCCGCAGCGCGGCCGCACAUCUCCGAGGGCCGCCCCUCCACGCUGAGCUGUGGCGGCAGCCCGUGGAAGCGGAGCGGUGGCUUCUGCUCUGAAGUCACGGAUGGUGGCUUUGAAAACAGCCCCGGGGGCACAGCCUUGAGUGUGUCGGGAGGGUGGUGAUCAGCCCUCGGAAUAAUGCCCGACCCGUGUCCCACGGAGAGAGGGUGGCUGCCCUGGGUGCGCACUACGGCGUGGGGGCGAGAGGAACGGAAGCCUGAGCCGCCGGGGCCCGUGGGAGAGGGAAGCAGCGCCCGGGAGGGACCUCGGAGCCCCGGGUCCGCGACUCCGGGGAGGAGGCUUCGUGUGUGUGGGGGGGCCGUGGCGCCGCCCCGCGCUGGCUGGGAAACCGUGCUCAGCACUCAGGUCUGGUCUUGCCUGCGCGUGGGGUCAGGCCGACGCUCACGCAGGCGAUUAAAAUGUUGCAGCAGUGACGCCCUGGUCUUCCUUCCGGAGCCGGCUUGCGUGCGUCCGGAGAGAUCAGGAGGGAAGCUGGCGUUGCACAGAGUGCCGGGCUGUGCCUGCCUGCCUGCCUUCGUUCUGCAGCGCGUUUAAAUGACCACGGGCGUUUUCUCAAAUCCCUGACAAGUAACUGGCACAGACGAGGGAAGCCACCCUUUUCUUUUUUUUUCUUUUAGCAUUUGGCUUCAUCUACCAUCCAUCCAUCCACCCACCUUCCAUUUAUCCGUCCAUUAUUCAUCCAUCCAAGCAUUCACCCACCCACCCAUCCAUCCAUCCACCAACCUACUCGCCCACCAGUCUAUCCAUUCAUUCACUCAUUUAUUCAUUCAUUCAUUCAUACAUUGGACUCUCCAUCCAUCUAUCCAUCCACCCAUCCCUCCAUCCAACCGUCCAACCAUUUAGCCGUCUACUAAUCCGUCCACCCAUGCAUCCAUCCAUGCUUUUACCAUCAGACCAUCCACCCAUCCAUCCGUUCACCCACCUAUCCAUCCAUCCCAUACUUAUUGAGCUCUCCAACAUGGCAGGCACUGUGGCAUGUUCUAACACAGGGCAGGAGGAGUCCAAGAACAUCUGGACGACUUCCGAAUGACAUCCACGGAACACACAGAGAACCCUGUUCUGAAUCACACCAGGGCCAGAGUCCGCACUGCUCAGUGUCGGGACGACGGAAUUGAUACAAGCUCAGUCCCGAGGAAAUGGGAUUCACCCUGCAGUAUCCCUAACGCUCUGGCACAGAGAAAGGAUUUUAAAAAAUGCCAUAUUGCUCAAGAAAUAUUUAAUUUGGGGUGGUGGGGGGGCGCACCAAGAAGUCGCGUGGGCAGGAAAAGGAUUUCUAGGUAUAUUGAUUUGGCCAGGUGGGCUAGGAUGUGUGAUGUGUUUACCUUCAGAGCAGCAAAGGAGAGUCAGGCACAACAGUGACUUCCGGGUGGUUAGAGCCUGAACAGCGUCUAUGCCAGCUCUUCCCGCCAUCCCAAGAAACGAACGCGGGACCACAGUUCGUGGCAGAGAGUGCACACCUGUCGAAACACAGUGGUGCGGCUCCAAAAGCACCCAGCGUGUGAAGUGUGAAGGACCUUGGCAGAAAAGACACAGUUUAAGUUCAGUAGCCAAAUAAUAAUAAUAAUAAAGGAAGAGCCGUCGUUCAGGAAAACUCCAGUUCUUAACCAACAUAAGGAGCAGCGAAACCGGGAGGUGAAACUCAGGACUCACAAGGUCAGGGGAAAACUAAAAAGGGCGCCACGCAGGGAGCUGGCGGGUGUGCCUGCGCACCUCUGAGUGAACUGUAGCACCGAGACCUGUGCAGUGCUGCCCGUGAAAAAUCUAAGUUCGUUUUCUCCUUUGUUUGCUCAUUUACGUGGUUCUGUAGAUUCCGCGUAUAACUGAAAUCCUAUGUAUUUGUCUUUGAGGUAUUUCACUGAGCAUAAUACCCUCUGGGUCCCUGUCUGCUGUUCCAUUGGUAAGAUUUC